AUGAUAUUAGCUCCUCACAGUGAUGCGUUUCGAAGUAGUACUUUGGGUCAAAACUUGCUUCACGACAUUAUAAACGUUACAGGUUGGACAACAAGCAAGACUUAUGGUGGGAUUGAACUCGAACCGUUCCUGAACAGUCUGCGACCUGUGGACGUUGCUUUGAUCGAGAAAGGCCUGCCUCAUCUAAGAUCACUCUCCCAGGACUACCUGAACUGCCCUAUCCAACAAGCCUUCAAUUGGAACACAUUGGCUAGUAUUUUGGGAAAAGAAUGGCAAGGGGAGUGGUUUGUUGUCGUAUUUCGGAGUAUACGCAAGAUAUCAGCCGAUCACCAGCGCUUGUUUGAGGCUGAUGUCCGCUCACAAAAGGAAGCCAUCGAAACAGGCGGAUUUCUCAAGAUGCGUUAUCAGUAUUGGUAUGCAGACCUUAACGAACAUCAAGAGUGUAUGGCUAUGUGUAUUUGGGUUGACGUUGAAUACGCUGCAAAGGCCUCACGGAAGCCUCUUCAUAGAGAGGCGGCAAAGCUGGCUGGGCAGAUGUAUGAUUCAUAUGUGUUAGAGAGACAUAGGUUGAUUAAGCGGGCUGGAGAAACCAUAUUUCAUAUCGAGCCCAUGUAA